AUGUCGGCUGUACCAUCUCCUCCACAUGACUUUGAGCCUGAUCUUGAGCUAGACUUUGUUCAUAUUGAUCAGCCCGAUACUACACCUGCUGAUCCUGAGCCGAUACACGCUGGUCCUGAGCCUUUGCCUGACCAUGAUCCUAUUCCAUUUGGCUUACCUGACAUUGCACCUCUCAUACCUGACCCAGUUCCUGCACCCGCUGACCCUCCUGUUGUUGAGCCAGUCACUCCUCCACUUGCACCUGCACCCGUUGAUGUUGCUCCUUUUCACCCAGUAUUGUCUGAUGUUCACCGUGUUGAUCUCCCUACUGUUUUCUUGCAGGGCAUACCCGCACCCCAUCCAGGGGAAGGCACUUCUAGCCAGCAGCCUAGCCAUGACCCUCAUGUAACAGCAUCUUUUCCCCGUAUACCUCAGUCUGCACCCUUUGCUCAUUUUACUUCUUCGCCACUUGAUGAGCCAUUUCGAUGGUUCCCACCGUACACUAUGCCGAUUUCUGACCCCUACCAUCCAUCACACUUUGCAGGCUAUACAUGGGAUGAGUUACUUUUAUCCCUUCAGCUUCAGUUCGAGAUUAUGAGUCGUAGGGUUUUGGAGCUUGAGAUGACACCGCGUCCUUUGCCAUGUCCUUGUCAGCCAGCUUUUGUUCACCCUCGUUCAUCAUCGUCCCCAUUUUCACAUCCUCCUGCACCGCUUACUCCAUUUCCCAAGUUUGAUACUCGAUUUCUUACCGUUGAGUAG